AACGCUUAAGAUAUCUGAACGAGACGGCUAAAGAGAAAAGUCAAAAGAAAAGUAAAAUCGAAAACUUUCCUUUUAUUCAACUACACCCAAGAACUACAAAAGUAGAAAAUUAACGACAAUAGUAGUUGUGUGCGGUAAACCGGGUGUGAACUAUUGAGUAAAGUGCCAACGUAAUGCCCUUGUUUGGAAAAUCACAAAAGACCCCCGUCGAAUUAGUGCGGUCACUUAAGGAGGCAAUCAAUGCGCUCGAAACGGGUGGUGAUCGAAAAGCUGAAAAAGCACAAGAAGAUGUUAGCAAAAACCUUGUUUCGAUAAAAAAUAUGCUAUAUGGCAGUAGUGACUCAGAACCACCAGCUGAGUACGUCGUUGCCCAGUUGUCGCAAGAGCUUUACAAUAGUAAUCUACUAUUGCUGCUCAUACAGAAUCUGCAUCGCAUCGAUUUUGAAGGUAAAAAGCACGUAGCGCUUAUAUUCAAUAAUGUGCUUAGGAGACAGAUUAGUACACGUUCACCUACAGUGGAGUAUAUCUGUACUAAGCCGGAAAUCCUGUUUACGUUAAUGGCCGGCUAUGAAGAUGCACAUCCAGAAAUCGCACUAAACUCCGGUACGAUGUUGCGAGAGUGUGCUCGAUAUGAGGCACUUGCUAAGAUAAUGCUACACUCAGAUGAGUUCUUCAAGUUCUUCCGCUAUGUCGAGGUGUCUACCUUCGAUAUUGCCUCAGAUGCGUUCUCAACUUUCAAAGAAUUGUUGACACGCCACAAGUUGCUGUGCGCUGAAUUCCUCGAGGCCAACUAUGACAAGUUCUUCACGCAGCACUAUCAACGGUUGUUAAACUCAGAAAACUAUGUGACUAGGCGGCAAAGUCUGAAGUUAUUAGGGGAACUAUUACUUGAUCGGCACAAUUUCACCGUGAUGACCCGUUAUAUAUCGGAGCCGGAGAACCUAAAGCUAAUGAUGAAUAUGUUGAAAGAAAAGUCCCGUAAUAUACAAUUCGAGGCCUUCCACGUCUUCAAAGUAUUUGUAGCAAAUCCGAAUAAGCCGAAACCUAUACUAGAUAUCUUGCUGCGCAACCAAUCGAAAUUGGUUGAUUUUCUGACCAAUUUCCAUACGGAUCGUUCCGAAGAUGAACAAUUCAACGAUGAAAAGGCAUAUCUGAUUAAACAGAUAAAGGAGCUGAAGCCGCUGCCUGAGGUUUAGUAGCAUAGAAGUUAUCGAGGAUGAGUCGUCAACCAGCAUGUACAGCACCAAGAAAAUCAGCUACAACACAAUUUCCAACGACCUCAGCAAACCCAAAGCUGCUAUCACCCUCACCGCCAUUUUCGGUGCUACCAACUCCAUCCGUUCUGCCAGUAUUCAAAGUUCAGGUAUUAGCGGGUACUGAAAUCUAGCUUUUAACUACUUUUCAGAACAUGCAAAUACAUGCAGUGGUUGAUAUCUAUAGGCAGUCGGCUUAUGUGUCGCUUAGAUGGAUGAUGAAUGAUUGAUUGUAUAGCAGCAUCAGUUGUAAUCUAGCAAUUUUUAAUUAUUAGUCAAAGAGUUGAAUUUAACGCGAAGACAACAGAAAUAGGGGGGCGUUAAAAACAACUAAAUACAAAUUUAAGCAUAAUUGCAACAUAAAGCAACAGUAAAUUUUGAAAACUAAAAUCAAUAUUUUUUAUAUAUACUUUUAUUUUUAAAAUUAUGAAUCGAGAAAUUUGUUUAAAGAUAUGCAAAAACAAUAACCAAAACUAACUGCGGCAUUUGAGAGCGAUAAUAAUAUGGGUUAUUAAUAUUUCAAGGAUAAUUUAUUGGAAAUCCGCUGCCAAGGUCACGUUACUGUCUUGCCUUUAGAAAAGUUGGUGGCGUAACAAAGUACUUUUAAAUGCCGAUUAAAGGAAUUGGAAAUACAAUAGCGUGCUGAGUGCGGAAUAUUGGGUUCAUUUGAAGCAACAAAAUUAAAGGUGGACAAAAGCAAACUAAAUUAAUUCAAAUUACUAAAUAGGAUAAUGAUAAAAACACUAUACGACUUACAUACAUACAUAUGUGAAGGCAACUUUCCAAUGCGGCUUACAAUUGACAGUUCUGUUCUUGUUCUUUGUCGUUAUUUUGUAUGUAUGUUUAUUUUACUAUGUUUAGGAAUGCAAUUCAAAUAAAACUAGUUAUAAACUGCGAAAAAUGCGAAAUUCUAUAAAUGCCUUCUUUUAAAAUUGGAGAAGAGGAGUUAAUUAGAGUAAACGAAUUUUUGCCUUCUAAUAACAUAAUCAAAUGCAUUAUACAAGCAAAAAUUCAAAGACACGACACACAUAUUCAUGCAAAUACCAUAUACAACAACGUACAUACAUAGGUACGAGCAUAAAGAUAUGAAUAAAGUAUAAAAUAAUUACAACAUUA